CUUGUUGACACAGACAAGAACCCGUUACUAUUUAGAGAGACAAGGAUUUUUAUAUAUCGCCAAUCUUCUAUUCCAAUUCUUGGUAGAAGAAUGAGAAGCAAGUUACAUUUGCAAUGAGUUUCUCUGGGUUUCUAGUUUUUCUUUCCCUCAUGCAAUGUUCACAGCAGUCAUCAGUUACUUUUACAUUACGAGGAAAUGCCAAUGGACAGCCUUGUGUAUUCCCUUUCAAAUACAAAGACAAGCAGUACAGUGAGUGCACAGAUGCUGGCAGGUCAGAUGGGCUGCUCUGGUGUGCAACAACUGCAGAUUUUGAUGCUGAUAAACUGUAUGGAUUUUGCCCACUAAUAAACAACACAGAAAGAUUUUGGACAGAAGAUGUUUCAACCGGCAUUCACUAUCAGAUAAACUCAGAAUCAGCUCUAACAUGGCACCAAGCAAGGAAAAGCUGUCAGCAGCAAAAUGCAGAACUACUAAGCAUUACAGAGACUCAGGAGCAAGCAUAUAUAAGAGAGCUAACUAAAGAAUUUGGUUUUGCCUUCUGGAUUGGAUUGAAUGCUUUGGAUUUCAACAGUGGAUGGCAAUGGGCUGGGGGUAGCCCUUUCAGAUAUUUAAACUGGGCACCAGGAAGUCCUUUCCUGCUCCCUGGGAAAAUCUGUGGAGUUUUGAAUCCCGCGAAGAAUGCUAAAUGGGAAAACCAAGCAUGCAACCAGAGACUAGGCUACAUUUGUAAAAAGGGACCCUUCAGUUCAAAGCCUGACAUUAUGCCCAAAGGAGAAUUGAGGCCUGUCCAGUGCACAGAUGGCUGGUGGCCAUAUGCAGGUCACUGCUACAACAUUCACCGGGACCCCAAAACAUGGGAAGAUGCUCUGUCUUCAUGUAGAAAGCAAGAUGGAGAUUUGGCAAGCAUCCACAACAUUGCUGAAUACAGCUUUCUAGUGUCACAGCUUGGUUACAAGCCAACAGAAGAGCUGUGGCUGGGUCUGAAUGACCUGAAGGCUCACUUCUACUUUGAGUGGAGUGACGGGACUCCUGUGACAUUCACUGCAUGGCAGCGCAGCCAUCCCACCUACCCGAACGGGCUGGAGGACUGUGUCACUAUGAAGGGACAGGAUGGAUACUGGGCAACUGAUGUUUGUAAUAAGCAACUUGGUUACAUCUGUAAAAAGAAGCCUUCAUCAAAAUCCUCUGAAAAACAGACAAUUGAGGACCCAGGCUGCCAGAAAGGUUGGAAAAGAUAUGGUUUUCACUGUUACUUGAUGGGUUCCGGACUUUUGACAUUCUCAGAAGCAAAUAAGACAUGUGAACACAACAAAGCUUAUCUAGCUACAGUGGAAAGCAGAAAUGAGCAAACCUUCCUGAUUAGUCUGACGGGGCUGAGAUCUGAAAAAUCUUUCUGGAUUGGUCUCUCUGACACAGAAGAACGAGGGAGUUUCAAGUGGACCAAUGGAGAAACUCCUCAUUUCACACACUGGAACACAGCAAUGCCAGGUAAGCUCGGCAUGGGCUCAACUCCUGCUGCUACAACUCACAAAGGGAAAGAGCAAGGCUGUGUUGUCAUGGGAACUGGAGUUGCAGCUGGAUUAUGGGAUGUUGUUAGCUGUGAGAAGACAUCAAAUUACCUUUGCAAACAGCGGGCAGCAGGAGUGCCACCUCCUGCUCCUCCAGGACAGGUCCCUGUGGCCACAUGUGCCGAAGGCUGGGACAGAGCCUCCCGGGCAGACUCGUGCCUCAAAUUUUUUGUGAGAGAGGGAAACCAAAAGAAGUCUUGGUUUGAAGCUGAAGAAUUCUGUAGAGAAAUAGGUGGAAAUCUGGUCACAAUCAAUACAAAAGAAGAUCAAAUUUUAUUAUGGCAAUUAGCUUCGGAUAAAGGACUGAACACUCAGGCUUUCUGGAUUGGUUUGUUUCUCUUAAAUCCUGAUGAAGGAUUUGCCUGGAUUGAUGGCUCCCCUGUAACUUAUGAGAACUGGGAGGAAAAUGAACCCAACAACUAUGAAGAACUUGAACAUUGUGUUAUGUUUAAUAGAUCACCCCAAAUGCGCUGGAACGACUUGCGCUGUGAACAUUUACUUAAUUGGAUUUGUGAAACAAAAAAAGGUACAUUGGUAAAACCUGAAGCAAACUACAAACUUGACUAUCAGCUCACCAAUGAUGGAUGGAUUAUAUAUGAAAAUAAGCAAUACUAUUUCAGCAAAGAACAUGUCCAUAUGGAAGAAGCACGGAGAAUUUGCCAGAAGAACUUUGCGGAUCUUGUUGUCAUUGAGAAAGAAAGCAAAAGACGAUUUCUAUGGCAAUAUAUUUACACAAAACACAGAGGAAAAUCAUAUUUCAUUGGCUUAGUUGUCAGCUUUGAUCAGAGGUUCAGAUGGCUGGAUGACACCCCAGUGAAUUACGUUGCCUGGGCUCCAAAUGAACCCAAUUUUGCAAAUAAUGAUGAAAAUUGUGUGAUAAUGUCAGAUUUUGGCUUUUGGAAAGACAUAAGUUGUGGUAUUGAAAAUGCCUUUAUCUGUGAAAGGCACAAUUCAACUUACUCAGGAUUUGCUCCCACUGUACUUCCACCUCUGGGAGGAUGUCCCGAAACUUGGCUUUUGUUUAACAAUAAGUGUUAUAAAAUAUUUGGAUCCAGAGAAGAGGACAAACUAACUUGGCAUUCAGCAAGAAGUGUUUGUAGAGAAUUAGGGGGAAAUUUGGCCUCUAUACACAAUAAUCAAGUGCAAGCUUUCCUCACCUUCCACCUAAAGGACGUUGCCAGUGAAACGUGGAUUGGGCUGAAUGACAUUAACAAUGAACAUAGAUAUCUUUGGACAGAUGGAAGCGUUUUUGACUAUUCAAAAUGGGCCCAAGGAUUCCCAAUCAGGGAUAAAUUCACCGUGGUUGACUGGAAGUACAUUACAAUAGAGACUGAUUGCAUUGCAAUGACAAAAAGAUCUGUAGAUGCUGCAGGAUUAUGGAAAAAUACUGACUGCCAGCAUAAAAAAAGCUAUAUUUGCCAGAUGGACAGUGAGCCUGAACUGUUUCACCCCACAAGUGCUCCAGAUUCUGAUUUUGUCCAUUAUGAUAACAGCAGCUAUUUAAUCAUUCCUUCUAAAAUGAAUUGGGAAGAAGCAACAAAAACAUGCAAGGAGAAAUCUUCAGAGCUUGCCAGCAUUUUUGAUUAUUACAGUAAUAUAUUCUUGCUGCUGCAGGCAGUGCAGUAUGGAGAGCCCUUAUGGAUUGGACUCAACAGCAAUGUGAGUUAUGGAUAUUAUAGAUGGACCAAUAAAAGGAAAGUAAGUUUUUCUGAAUGGGACUAUGGAGAACCAAAACAGAAAAUAGCCUGUGUUUAUCUAGCCCUCUCUGGGACCUGGAAAACAGCACGUUGUAAUGAGAAACAUCUUCCAGUCUGCAAAAAAUCUGAGGAUGUACUUCCUUCUGAUCCUCCCCAGGAUAUUGGACAAUGUCCUGAAUCUGAUCACAUAUCUUGGAUUCCCUUCCGAAGCCACUGUUAUAACUUCAAUGCCAAUGAAAUGAGCUGGGCUCAGUCUGUGGCUCAGUGCAUUCAAUCAGGUGGUAUGUUGACUUCUGUAGAAGAUCUGGAUGAAUCAAACUUUUUAAUAGAGCAUGCAGAUUUAUAUGCAAGCAAGAUUAGUGGCUUUUGGAUAGGAAUAUACAGAAAUGUAAAUGGGCAGCUGCUUUGGCAAGACAACAGUGCCUUGGACUUUGUCAACUGGGGUGAUGGGCAGCCCUCGGGGGGCGAGCUGGCUUUCUGUGUGGAGCUGUCUGCAGCCACUGGCUACUGGAGUGUCCUGCCUUGCUCUUCCCAAAAGGGCUUUAUUUGUAAGAAGCCAAAGACUAUUCUUAAAGCAGCUGGAAACGUGGAAGAUGCCAAAAAGGAUAAAGCCAGUGGUCACCUGAAUCUGUGGAUACUUUUUACUCUGGUCCUCAUAAUUUUAUUGGGGGUGGCUUUCAUGAUUUAUUUCUUGUUCAAGAUCAAAACUGGAAAUGGAACUGGAAGAGAGGUGAGAAGGGGCAGCAGGCAGCUGGAAUACAGCCGUGCCCUAACUGCAGGGGACAAUGGAAGUGACAACAAAGAAAAAAAUGAACACAGUGCUGUCUGAUGGGAUAACACAGCCAAACUAAAUGGUUAAGCUGAAAAAAGUAUAGCUGAACUAAAGGAAACCUUAGUCUCUCUUAGGUGCAUGUAACUUUAACUAUGAAGUAAAAUUGGCAGUUAUUCCUUUGGUAAGGUUUAGGAAUUAUUGCUGUAUGCCCCUCAAUAAAUACUCUCAGGCAUUUAUUGACUUAGUACUGUACAAAAUGGCUAAUUAAGCAAGCAUGGAAAAUAACAGGACCAGUGGGAAUUUAGAUUUAAAAUAUAUGGGUCACUUAUUUAGGAAUUUGUGACAGCAUCACAUACAGAGUCAAGACUAAAACUGAGCACUCUUUGCAGAGCACUCAGGCCUAAAACCUGCACUUUGAGAGUGUCUCACCAUACUGUUCUGAAGCAUGCACACUGUUACUUAAGGGAUGUUUGGAAUAAACAGAGAUUUACAUGAAUUGUUUGUCCCCAUUACUGCCCUUUUCUUAUACCCUUUACACAAAUAUCU